CAUAAGGCUGUCUUUGAGUUGUUGCUAGGCAGCAACAGAGUGGACCCAGAUGCAAAAGACAAAAACGGCCGGACUCUAUUAUGGAAAGCUGCAUCGCAGGGUCACAAGGAUGUUGUUGGGCUCCUACUAGAUGGCGGCAGAGUAGAUCCAGACGCAAGAGACAAGAACGGUCGAACUCCGCUAUGGGAGGCUGCAUCGCGAGGUCACAGAGCUAUUGUUGAGUUCUUGCUAGGCAACGACAGGAUAGAUAUAGAGUCAAGAGACGAAAACGGCCAAAUCCCAUUAUCCGCUGCUGCAAUGGGCCAAGAGAUCAUUGUGGAAUUGUUGAUUUCUAGUGGGAGGGUAGAUCCCGACGCCAAAGAUGCCCUUGGUCUUACACCACUGGCUUGGGCUUCACAGACG